AUGACAAACAAGCACGGAAUAUUUUGCCUCGUUUGUCUAAGCUUAGGGAUUGUUGUCGCAGACGCUAAGAAUGUCACUGAUACCCAAGAAAAUAUUUUGUCACGACAGAAGAGAUAUUUAAUAUUUCCUCAAGGUAGCAAUGUUCAGCUGGUAUAUUGUUUAACUAUUGGAGCGUUUGCCCCGAGCCCGGAUCAAAUAGUGGUGGGAAUGACAGCUGCUUUGGCCUGGGAGCUCCCGAGUCAAGUCGAUAAAAAAAUAACUAAAUUACUGCACCGGCGAACAAGAAGCCUGGUCUUUCCUAAAAUCGAAGCCUUCCUUCAGUCCGCUGGGCUUGAUGGAAGAGCUUGUGUAAUGAGAGCAAUUUGUGAAGCUAGAAACCGCGAUAAUGAUAAAGUCGGUACUGGUACAUUUGUCCAAGAAGUUUUGCACGCGAUUUUCAGAUUAAGGAAUGACGGAAAUAACUUUGAUAAAUCAGAACACAAGAUUUACGAUUUGGCUCAUGUGACGAAGAUGAAUUGUGCUCAAGAGUAUCCGAGUUGUCGACACUCCAUUUACGAACUUGACUUUUGACACUUUUACUUCUAUUCACCGAGGGAACUUUUA